CCCAGCGUUCCUUUGAAGACCUUACAAGUCACUCGAUUUGCUCCUGCCUUAUUUGAAAAGAAACGUUAACGACAAGAGCCGAUAUUUAGCAUCAGAGGGGGAUAUCGAAGGCGUGCCCUACGUCUUGGUGGUCGCGGCGAGAAUUUCAUAGACUAUAGAACUUCAGCGAUUCUGUUCAGGCACUGCCAUUGCCUUCCCUAUCUCUCUUCUGGGCCCUCCAUGCGUGUAGAGAACCGGGUAGUCGGCCUCCAAGAUGGCUGCGUUGUUGGCGGUAAAUUCGGCUGCGAGCCUCUGGGGUCCUUACAAAGAUAUUUGGCAAACAGUGGGAAAUGCCAUUUGGAGAAGACAACCUGAAGCUGUCCACCUUGUUGACCUUAUUUUAAAGAAACACAAACCUGACUUCAUCUCAUUAUUCAAGAAUCCAGCCAAAAAUGUUCAGCAACAUGAGAAGGUUCAGAAGGCAAGUACAGAAGGUGUUGCUAUACAGGGUCAGCAAGGAACCCGACUUCUUCCUGAGCAGCUCAUUAGAGAAGCCUUCAUCCUGAGUGACCUCUUUGACAUUGGUGAACUAGCUGCUGUUGAACUUCUUUUGGCUGGAGAACACCAACAGCCUCAUUUUCCUGGCCUUACAAGAGGACUAGUAGCUGUUCUUUUGUACUGGGAUGGAAAGCGAUGCAUUGCAAAUUCCCUCAAGGCCCUGAUACAGUCACGGAGAGGCAAGACAUGGACACUAGAACUCAGUCCCGAGCUUGUGUCCAUGACAACACGCUUUACAGAUGAACUAAUGGAACAGGGAUUGACUCAUAAAAUCCUAACUCUGUUGUCACAAAUUGAUGUGAACAAUGAGUUUGAGAAACUACAGCGGGAGAGAGGCUUGGGCAGUGAAAAACAUCGCAAAGAGGUUUCAGAUCUCAUCAAGGAAUGCCGCCAGUCUUUGGCAGAAAGCCUGUUUUCCUGGACCUGCCAGUCACCUUUAAGCAAAGAUGACACUCUGCUCCUUAUUGGCCAUCUAGAAAGAGUCACAGUUGAAGCUUCUGGCUCAUUGGAUAGUGUGAACUUGGCUCUUGUCAUGGCUCUCCUUUACUGCUUUGAUAUCAGUUUUAUAGAACAGGGUGCAGAGGACCGAGAAGAUAUAAUUCAACAGCUACCACUGUUAACAGAGAAACAAUAUAUCUCAUCAAUUCACUCACGUCUUCAGGACUCACAACCUUGGAAACUACCUGGUCUGCAAGCCACUAUUAGACUUGCUUGGGCAUUGGCUUUACGGGGUAUAUCCCAACUAUCUGAUGUACCAGCUCUUGCUGAAUUUACAGAAGCAGAUGAAGCAAUGGCAGAACUUGCAAUUGCAGACAAUAUCUUCCUUUUCCUAACUGAGUCUGUAGUGGGGUCAGAAAACUUCUACCAGGAAGAAUUUUAUAUCCGCAGAAUUCAUAACCUCAUCACAGAUUUCCUUGCACUUAUGCCAAUGAAGGUGAAACAGUUGCGAAAUAGAGCAGAUGAAGAUGCUCGAAUGAUUCACAUGAGCUUGCAUAUGGGUAAUGACCUUCCUAUUUCACUUCGGAGAGAUCUGGAACACCUUAUGCUUUUGAUUGCUGAACUGUAUAAAAAAAACCCUUUUAAUUUGGAGCUUGCAUUGGAAUAUUGGUGUCCUUCAGAACCUCUUCAAAGUUCAACUAUCAUGGGAUCUUACCUAGGGGUAGCGCAUCAGAGACCCCCUCAACGCCAGGUUGUCUUGUCAAAGUUUGUUAGGCAAAUGGGAGACCUACUUCCUCCUACUAUUUAUAUUCCAUAUCUGAAAAUGCUCCAGGGAUUGGCCAGCGGACCACAGUGUGCUCAUUACUGUUUCAGUUUGUUGAAAGUCAAUGGCAGUAGUCAUGCUGAAAACAUUCAAGGAGCAGGUGGCAGCCCUGUUUCCUGGGAACAUUUCUUUCACUCUUUGAUGCUCUAUCAUGAACACUUAAGGAAAGAUCUGCCAAGUGCAGAUAGUGUCCAGUACCGUCACCUGCCUUUACGAGGCAUUACCCAGAAGGAGCAGGAUGGAUUGAUUGCUUUUUUGCAGCUCACAACUACAAUCAUUUCAUGGAGUGAGAAUGCUCGUUUGGCUCUUUGUGAGCAUCCUCAGUGGACUCCUGUGGUUGUCAUCCUGGGACUCCUGCAGUGUAGUAUCCCUCCUAUUUUAAAAGCUGAGCUACUGAAGACACUUACAGCCUUUGGAAAAUCUCCUGAAAUUGCUGCUUCCCUUUGGCAGUCUUUGGAAUAUACACAGAUAUUGCAGACUAUAAGGAUCCCAAGCCAGAGACAAGCAAUUGGCAUUGAGGUUGAAUUAAAUGAAAUAGAAUCCAGAUGUGAAGAAUAUCCACUGACAAGGGCCUUUUGUCAGCUUAUUAGCACACUAGUAGAAAGUUCAUUUCCAUCUAACUUGGGUGCUGGACUGCGUCCACCAGGCUUUGAUCCAUACUUGCAGUUCCUUAGAGAUUCUGUGUUUCUCCGAUUUCGCACUAGAGCUUAUCGCAGAGCUGCUGAAAAGUGGGAAGUUGCUGAGGUGGUGCUGGAGGUGUUUUAUAAGCUGCUCAGAGAUUAUGAACCUCAGCUGGAAGAUUUUGUGGACCAGUUUGUUGAAUUGCGAGGAGAAGAAAUCAUAGCCUAUAAGCCUCCAGGAUUUAGUUUGAUGUAUCAUCUUCUGAAUGAGUCACCAAUGUUGGAGCUCUCUCUUAGUUUGUUGGAAGAAGGCGUUAAGCAACUUGAUACCUAUGCAUCUUUUCCUGGAAAGAAACAUUUGGAGAAAGCAGUGCAGCAUUGCCUUGCUCUUCUCAACUUGACACUACAGAAGGAAAAUCUCUUUAUGGAUCUCCUAAGAGAAAGUCAGCUGGCUCUAAUAGUCACUCCAUUAGAACAGUUAUUACAAGGCAUCAAUCCCCGAACUAAGAAGGCAGAUAAUGUGGUUAACAUCGCUAGGUACCUCUAUCAUGGCAAUAGCAAUCCUGAACUGGCUUUUGAAAGUGCCAAGAUCCUCUGCUGUAUCUCUUGUAAUUCUAACAUUCAGAUAAAAUUAGUAGGAGAUUUCACACAUGAUCAGAAUAUAAGCCAGAAGUUGAUGGCUGGAUUUGUGGAAUGUUUGGAUAGUGAAGAUGCUGAGGAAUUCAUUAAUCCAGAAGAGGAGUUAGAACCUGAUAAAAAACUAGCACAAAUCCGUCAUGAAACAAGAAUCCACAUCUUGAAUCUUCUCAUCACUUCUCUGGAACGCAACCCACCCAACCUUGCCUUAUAUCUUCUGGGCUUUGAAUUGAAGAAAUCUGUUAGUACUACAAACCUCCAGGAUCCAGGAGUCUUAGGUUGCCCCCGGACUUGUCUUCAUGCCAUAUUGAAUAUUUUGGAGAAGGGAACUGAAGGGAGAACAGGCCCUGUGGCAGUAAGGGAAUCACCUCAACUCGCAGAACUCUGCUACCAGGUUAUUUAUCAGCUGUGUGCAUGCUCAGAUACAUCUGGUCCAACUAUGAGAUACUUGAGAACCAGCCAAGAUUUUUUAUUUUCUCAGUUGCAGCAUCUACCUUUUUCUAAUAGAGAGUAUGAAAUAUCCAUGCUGAACCAAAUGUCAUGGCUUAUGAAGACUGCCUCAAUAGAACUAAGAGUAACUUCUCUUAAUCGCCAGCGCUCUCACACUCAGAGACUACUGCAUUUGUUGCUAGAUGACAUGCCAGUCAAACCCUACUCAGCAGAUGGUGAAGGAGGAAUAGAAGAUGAAAAUAGGUCUGUCAGUGGUUUUCUUCACUUUGAUACUGCCACCAAAGUACGUCGAAAAAUAUUAAGUAUUUUGGAUUCAAUUGACUUUAGCCAGGAGAUUCCUGAGCCUUUGCAGUUGGAUUUCUUUGAUCGUGCUCAGAUUGAGCAAGUCAUUGCCAACUGUGAACAUAAGAAUUUGAGGGGGCAGACAGUUUGCAAUGUCAAGCUUCUGCACAGGGUUCUUGUGGCAGAAGUAAAUGCUCUUCAGGGUAUGGCAGCUAUAGGCCAGAGACCUUUGCUUAUGGAGGAAAUCAGCACUAUUCUACAGUAUGUUGUGGGAAGAAACAAAUUAUUACAGUGCCUUCAUGCAAAACGGCAUGCACUAGAAUCAUGGAGACAGUUGGUAGAAAUUAUACUGACUGCUUGUCCUCAGGACCUCAUUCAAGCAGAGGACAGACAACUGAUUAUUCGUGACCUCUUACAAGACAUACAUGAUAAGAUCCUGGAUGAUGAUGCAGCCCAAGAACUAAUGCCAGUUGUGGCAGGGGCUGUGUUUACCCUGACAGCUCACUUGAGCCAGUCUGUGCGAACAGAGCAGAAGCAGCCCCAGCCACCACCCCUCCCUGCUACAGGGACUGGAGAAUCCCAAUAUGUUCUGAUGCUUGAUAGUUCUUUUAACUCAACAUCUUCACUAGAGAGCAUGAUUGUGGGGUUUGCUUCUAUUGGAGAUUCCUCACUUCACAUCAUAUUGAAGAAACUUUUAGACUUCAUUUUGAAAACAGGUGGUGGGUUCCAACGAGUGAGGACACACUUGUAUGGUUCUUUGCUUUAUUAUUUACAGAUCGCUCAGAGACCAGAUGAACCAGAUACUUUAGAAGCAGCUAAGAAGACCAUGUGGGAACGGCUGACAGCACCUGAAGAUGCUUUCAGUAAAUUGCAGCGAGAAAACAUAGCUAUCAUUGAGAGUUAUGGAGCAGCCCUUAUGGAAGUAGUGUGUCGAGAUGCCUGUGAUGGCCAUGAGAUUGGAAGAAUGUUGGCCUUGGCAUUGCUUGACCGAAUUGUUUCUGUAGAUAAACAACAGCAGUGGCUCUUGUAUCUCUCCAACAGUGGUUACUUGAAGGUGCUUGUGGACAGUCUAGUGGAAGAUGACCUCACUCUGCAGACCUUGCUUACUCCCCAGCCUCCCCUUUUGAAAGCUCUCUAUACUUAUGAAUCCAAAAUGGCAUUCUUGACAAGAGUGGCCAAAAUACAACAAGGAGCAUUAGAGCUGCUGAAAUCUGGGGUGAUUGUGAGACUGGCACAGUGCCAAGUCUAUGACAUGCGUCCAGAAAUAGACCAUCAGGGACUGUUUGGCAUGAGAGAUCCUCCUGUAUUCAUUCCUGCUCCAGUGGAUCGAUAUCGCCAGAUUCUUCUCCCUGCCCUCCAGUUGUGUCAGGUCAUUCUCACAUCCAGUAUGGCUCAGCAUCUGCAGGCAGCAGGACAGGUGUUGCAGUUUCUCAUCUCCCAUUCUGACACCAUACAAGCAAUAUUACGCUGUCAGGAUGUCAGUGCAGGCUCCCUGCAAGAGCUAGCUCUUCUCACAGGAAUCAUCAGCAAAGCUGCAUUGCCUGGGGUGCUAAGUGAACUAGAUGUUGAUGUCACGGAAGGGUCGUUGAUGGAGCUACAGGGACACAUAGGGCGAUUCCAGCGCCAAUGCUUAGGACUAUUAAGUCGCUUUGGUGGUUCAGACAGACUUCGGCAAUUUAAGUUUCAAGAUGGUGUGGAAGGAGAUAGAGUGAACAAGAAAGAUGAGAUUGAAUUGGCUAUGCAACAGAUUUGUGCUAAUGUCAUGGAAUAUUGCCAGUCACUCAUGUUACAGAGUUCUCCAACAUUCCAGCAUGCAGUAUGUCUCUUCACUCCUAGCCUUUCUGAAACUAUUAACAGAGAUGGACCACGACAAGAUACUCAAGCUCCAGUGGUUCCAUAUUGGCGUCUACCUGGUUUGGGCAUUAUUGUCUACUUGCUGAAACAAAGUGCUAAUGAUUUCUUCACUUAUUAUGACAGUCAUCGACAGAAUGUCAACAAGCUACAGAAUGUAGAACAGCUCCCCCCAGAUGAGAUAAAAGAGUUGUGCCAGUCAGUGAUGCCAGCUGGGGUCGAUAAAAUCUCCACUUCCCAGAAGUACAUCUUGGCAAGACGGCGUUUGGUGAAAUUGAUCAACAAUAGAGCUAUAUUGCUGUCUCUUUGUUCUUACAUCAUAGAGACCUGCCUAUUUAUUUUUUGGCGCCACCUAGAAUACUAUCUGUUACGAUGUACUCCCACUGAUUGCCAAGAUUCUCUACUGGCUUCUACAGCUUCAUUUAAAAAUAGGAGGCUACAAGAUACUUUUACUUCAGAAACAAACUUGGAUUUCAGAAGUGGGUUGACUCGAGUGAGCCAGCAUGAUAUAGAGCAGCUUCAAAUUGAAGCCAUCAAUGCCUUCGGUGAAUCACUGCAAAAGAAGCUUCUGGAUAUUGAAGGAUUAUAUUCCAAAGUUCGAUCCCGCUAUUGUUUUAUACAAGCACUUGUCAGACGUAUCCGUGGCUUAUUAAGGCAACCAAGGGGCUAAAAGACUAUUAGUGCUACUUUCUUUCUUUUACAGAUAACCUGGAGGACAUUCUUUAAGUUUUAGAGACCACUUAUUUUUAAAUUAUGGCCAAAAAAAAUAUUUUCUUAUUUUUUUUCUUAUACAAAUAGAUUUUGUGCAUAAUUCCCACCUUGAUUCCCUAUCAGUAAAAAUUUAAAAAAUAAAGUUUUUUUAAACAAAUGGAUAUUCCAUCUUUUAAAAAAUGAUCUAGAGAAUAAUCCCCUAUUAUUGGGGGUAGAGGUGCAAAAAGAAAAAUUCUUGAAUCUUACUCCAUUUGCAAAACAAAAGGUAUAUUGUUGAAAUUGGAUUUUUCUUCAAUCACAGUAAAACCUAUAGCCUUACUGUUUUUUAUGUUCUUUUUUGCCUUUGGAGGAAGUCACAUGGAUAAGUAACUAUAUAGCCCUAUUAUUUUGUAAAUUAGACCUAUUGUUAUUAGUAAGAGAGCAGAUGAGGUGGGCCCACUUAUAACACUACUCAAUUCUUUGAAUAAUAUGCUACAGAAAUGUAAAAACAUCCUUUUCCAGUAAUGCUUUAUGGGCUAAAAGUACAUAAAUUCUAUUGUACUUAUCAUUGGAGAAAUAACAAUUUGCCAUUUGUUUUUUAGACCUUGUCUUGAAAUGUCCUAAAUUAAAAAUUUUAAUUUCAUCUAUAACUAACUUUAUGGAAAUGACUGAAAUUUCAUAUGGUCACUGCUUUUUCUAAUUACUGCCUCUCUGGUCACCCUGUCUAAUAAAAGGACUGUCCCACCAUUUUGGUCUAAUAAUUCAGAAAUACUACUGAGAAGAAGCAGUAGUUCCUCUAAACCCAUGUAAGGAAAGAAAAUGAAAACUUUGCUUCCAGUGUUACAAAUUUUCAUGGUCAUAAAGAAGACUUAAAAUAACAACAAAAAAGUUAUUUGUCAAAAUGCCUUUUGUUUCCCUCAAAUAAUAUUUUGAAAUUGGUUUUGAUUCCCAGAAAUGUUAGCAAGAUUUAGUUAGAAAGCGGGGGGAGAUAUUCUAGGUAACAGUACCAGAAAGGGUCAGAAAGGCAGAGGUAGUGAAGAUAAAGCUUUUUCUUACUUCAUAAAGUUUUAACUUUUUGUAUGUGUGCAUCAUGGACUGCUUUGGCAAUUUGAUGAAUCUUGUGUACCCCUUCUAGGAAUAACAUUUUUAAAUCUGUAAGACAGAAACCAUAGAGUUACAAAGGAAAUCAAUUAAGUUGAACUACAAUUAUCUUUUAAAGUUAUGACUCCCAAGAAAGAACCCCUGCCUGGGUUAAGAUGGAAACUUUGGAAUUAAAAAAGACUUUAGAAAUGAGUCCAACCCUUUCAUUUAGGGGAGACUAAAGAUUGAGGGGACAUUAUAAUCUGUCUAAAGUCUCAUAAGUGUUUUUUAAUUUAAACCAUCUUUUGCUUUGGUAUCCGUUCUAAGACAGAAAAGCUGCAAGGGCUAGGCAGUGGGCGUUAAAUGAUUUGACCAGGGUCACACAGCUAAGAAGUGUCUAAAGCCAGAUUUGAAGCCAGUUCCUCCUGACUCUAGGAUUAGUGCUUUUUCCCCCAUUGUACCCCCUAGCUGCCAUGGGUAUUAAGUGGCAUAUUCAGGAUUUGAAUUCAAGUCCUCUGACUUUAAAUCCAGUGCUCUUUCUAUUGUAUUACUUCUGCCUGCCUCCAUUAGCUUGCCAAAUAUUUAAAGCCCUUUACAAUACAAUUCCAGCUGACCUAGGCUUAUUGCACAUGACUUUUGCUCUAUGAAUUAUGUUUUCCAGGGAAGGUGACUUGUUUGCUGUUCCUUGUACAUAACAUCGCAUCUCUUGCUGCUUUGAUCUUGUACCAAGUUGCCCUGCACUGUCCCUGCCUGCCUUUAGGCUUCUUGAAUCCAUAACUCCCUUCAAAGCCUAAUUCAUGUUCUCCUCCUACAGGAAUACUAUCCAGACAGACCCAGUUGUUAGUAUCACCUCCAAAAUAAAUUACUUUGUGUCACAAUAUAAACACAUACAGACAUAUGUAUGUACACACACAUUUUAUAUAUUUUUAUAUAUAUAUGUAUAUAUAUAUAUAAUAUAUAUCACUAUGUGCAUGUAUACAUAUGUAUAUAUAAUUUCAUCUUUACCUGUGUCCAUUAUUUUCCUCCAUUGGAAUAUAAAUUUCUAGAGGAUGUAGACAUUUUUUUCCUUGUCUUUUAUGUCCCCAGUACUUAGCAUAGUACCUGAUAACAAAUGUGAUAAAUGAUUAUUGAAUGAAUAAGAAACACAUAUUCUCAAGAAGCUUAAUGGAGUGAAGGAUAUACAAAUAACUAGCAUAAAAGGGAGAAUGAAAUAAAUGCCAGGAGAGGCCUCAGGAAAGCUGGCUAUCUACAUCAGUGGGAUCAUAUUCAAAUAGAAACCAGGACCAAUUCAUAGAAAAGGAUCCUUGAGGGCCACGUACUGGCAGUAAUUCUGCUGGGACCCCCUGCUCCCAUGGUGUUUGUGUUUGCUUUUAAAGCACAGAGGGUUGGAGUCAGCUUCAGGAUACCAGUGGCUGAUCCCUUAUCUUUUGAAAUGUAGUGUCUUGUAACAGAUAGGCUUUAUCUCAAUUUCUGGCUUAUUUCCAUUUGGCAGUAAUUUUAAAAGAAUGCAGUGAAUCCAAGUGGCAUUUUAAAUGAGAGGAAAUGGCUUUUGAAUGCGAGUCAGGGGAUCUAAAUUCUAUUGGCUGUACCCCAUUGUGACCAGUUAAAAUCAUCUCUCUGACUCUGCUAUCUUAUACUAAAAAUAGAGUUAAAUUAGAUGUUCUCCAAAAUCCUCUAGAUCUAAAAAUCCCUACUUCCAAAAUAACAUUCUCCCAGAAUUUCUAGUUGCUUAGGAACUCAUUUUUUGAGCAGGUUACCCCUCCAUGGUGCUGUUGUUCUUCUGGGUAACCUUAGAUCAGCAGUUAUGUUUUUGGAAUUAUGAUUUGAGAAUCCAUAGAAAUUACAUGUUAUACAGUCAGUGAGAAUGUCACUGAAUAUUUGACCGUGGUGGAAUCUGAAACAUUAUCUAAUUAAAUUUUUAGUACUGGUGCAGUGGCUUAAUUUACAGUCCUCUUUAAUGACAAUUCUCUGUUUCUAGGACCAUCUGUACUUAUAGGAUGUAGUGGCUACACUGUCGACUGCCUUUUUCUCUUUUGUUAUGAUAGGGUAUCUAGAAUUCACAUAUUAUUGGUGCUUAGUUACAGAUGUCUGUGCAGUUGAUCAAUCAGUACUUCAAAAUGUUUCACCUUGCACCCAUGUUUAUUUUUUGUACCAAUCAAGAUAUACAACUUAAAAAGUAAAAGAAUAAUUUUCUUUUCUUCUGGUGCACGUCUCCCAGUUUUUCUUCUUUGAUUUACUCUAUUUUCUGAGUAGAUAUAUUGAGAUAUAUUCUAGGUCAAUUAAAAGAUACAAAAUAUUAAAAAUAAGUAACAUGAUCAGUUUUCUUUAUAGGAAGAUAAAAACAUCUAUAGGCUCAGUCUGUCAAGAUAUUUUUGAAUUGUGCUGUUAUCCAGUGUGUUUUCUAUCCUUCAAAUCAAACCAACUGUUAUUGCUCAUGAAAAGAUGUUUCACCCUUUGCCCCUAUGUACUCACCGUUUCUGUAACCUUUCAAACCAAAAUUUUGCUCUUGUGCACAACUCUCAUAUAUGUUCUGUCAAGAGUGUGAGCUCCUGAAGAGCAGGGAUUAUCUUAUUUUAUGUUUGUAUUCCUAAGAACUUGGCACAUAGUAAAAGUUAAUGCUUUUUCAUUCAUUGAUUUAGGAAUAGAAUGAGAUAAUCAAACACUAGAUAAAGUAUAUCUCAUAUAAUUUCCUUGGUUGUAACUCUGUUAUAAGAAAAAAUAAGAUUAGUCUGACAUGAUCUGUUAAAAAAAGCCAGUCAGCUUGGCUCUUUGUGAUCGUGGCUUCCUUUUCUAGAUCUCCAGUAACCCCUUUUAAAUACUACAUUCUAGAAUUUCUUCAGGAAUUCAAGUUGAGCUUAUUAGGUUACACUUGGCAGGUUUUCUUUCCUUUUUCAAAAAAAUCAGAUCAUUUCUUCUAGGUUUAUAAUAUCUCUCCUGUUAUCAAUUGUUUUUUUUUUCAACUGCCAUUGAUAAUUAGUUUUUUUCAGUAUCUGAAAAUUUAAUUUUUCUAAAGCAUAGGUAUACUAUGUCACCCAUUAGACUCUAGUGACUGUUACUUCUAGGAGUGUCUAUAAACUCCUCUGUUUGGCAUUUACAACUCUUCACAACUUGGUCCCUUCUACUUUUCUAGUCAUUUUACAAAAAACUCCCCUUGAUGUACCUACUGAUUCAGUCAUCCUGGCCCAUUUGCUGUUUUACACACUAUCCCUUUGUCUUGAUGGCUUUUAACUGGCCAUCCUCCAAGUGUGACAUGCACAUUCUCCUUACUUUUGCCUUUGGAAUCAGCUCCAGUACCAUGUUAAUGCUUUCAUGAAGACUUUCCUGCCCACUACCCACACUAUCUUUUAUUGAUUUUGUAUAUAGGGGCUUGCCUCGUUUUAUUGUAUUUUGAAGAUAUUGCAUUUUUUUUACAAAUUGAAGGUUCGUGGUGUGGUGUGUCAAACAAGUCUUUUGACACUAAUUUUCCAAUUGCAUGUGCUCAUACCUUGUCUUUGUGUCACAUUUUGAUAAUUCUUGCAGUAUUUCAAACUUUUUUCAUUAUAUCUGUUUUGUGAUCUAUUAUCAUUGAUCUUUGAUGUUAUAAUAAUUGUUUUGGGGCUUCAUGAACUGUGCCCAUAUAAAAUGGCAAAUUCAAUUGA